AUUGCCAAUAUUGGAUCCAUGUGAGAUGUGCUUCAUUGCCUCAAACUCUCAAAAGGGAAGACCAUCAUCACUCUCUGUCUCUCUCUUCAUACAUCCCACCUGAAUAUAUCAAAUAUAAUUACAAGUGUGAUGUGUGCAGCAAAGCUUUGCUGCUCAAAUAUUGGAUAUAUCAUUGUCAAAUAUGUAGGUUUAUUGUCCACAUCAAAUGUGCCUUCAACAAGCCGCCCCCCCCUCACUGAUGCAUCCAUCGGGAAAGACAUAGUCCGUCUUCCAAUGAAUGAGGUGGCCGUGGAACUAGUUACACCGUUUGUGAUGAGACAAAGAGGAGGAGAAGUAGGAACAUUGAUACCACCCUUCCUCAUCCCUGCUACUGCUGUUUUUGAUGAAGAGGAUGAGUUGGUGAAUAUGAAAUAUAAGUUCCUUCAUCACCAACAUCACCUCACUUUAGUCUCAUCCACAUCUCAACACCCUCAAAUCCUAGGAGAAGAAGAAGACGAGGAGAACUAUGGAGUGAGAUGGGAAUUGAUAUGCGAUGGGUGCAUCACUCCUAUAUCAUCAUCAUCAUCAUCAUCAUACUACUAUAUGAGUUGCAGUGAAUGCAAAUACAAUCUUCACUUGGCUUGCUUUCACUUGCCGCCUCAACUCUACUCACUUCCACUCCACCAACACGAUGAUCACCAGCUUGUUCUCCAAUCUUGUGACAAACUUCAACCUUGGAAGUACCAAGAUUGCGAUGUCUGUGAGUAUCCUAUGAAUGGGUUGUUUUACAAUUGUAGAGAGUGCGAGUUCAAAGUAGAUAUCAAGUGCGCUUGUAUGCCGGACACCAUACUUCACGCAGCUCACCCGCAACAUCUCCUCAAGUAUGUGACUCAGUCGGAUCUAGGCAGGGAUAUCAACCGAAGGCGCUUGUCGUGUGCUGCUGGUUGUGGCCAACACGUAGACUGUUAUGAUUGUUACAGGUGCAGCAACAGUUCAUGUGAUUUCAUUGUGCACGUCAAAUGCGCUGUGCUGCCGGCAUCAGUCAGCAGCCGUAGAUGGGACGAGCACCACCCGCUUCUGUUGACGUACGACGCCACUCUCAACCGUCCUGGCGAUUUCUACUGCGAUCAGUGCGAAAAACAAAUGAAUCCCAGGAGUUGGAUGUAUCACUGCCGUGCCUGCGAUCUAUCCUUCCAUCCACGAUGCUUUAUAACUACAUCCGGAUGGUAUAGAAACAGCAAGAUGGGUCAGGAAUAUGAUGUGAAUGCAGAAACCCAUCCACACCCUCUCACCUUUCAACUUCUCACCACAAAACGCCGCUGCGACUUUUGUCAUAUUAAUAAUUAUGAACUUCAAGGAUUUUACUGUGCAUUAUGCAACUUCUUCAUUUGUUACAAUUUCUGCGGGAAAGGCAUGAUCGCAAAAGGGGACUUGAAGGCAGUUGAUUUAGGGAAAUUAUCUGUUUUAGAUCAUUAGUUCGUUCAUUACAUUGUGCUGUGUUAUGUUUAAUUCACUUAAAGUACUACUAUUUGUUUUACAUUAAAUAUGAAUGUGAAGGAUUUUACUAUGUACAAAUUAUCUAUUAUGAUUGUUACAG